AUGUCUCUGGUCGAGGAGCCACCACAAGAGUUCAAUGAAGAAUAUAAUGAAGAACGUACGUAUCAUGAUCGGGAAGAUGAAGUGAAUGAUAAGGAAGCCAAAGAUGAUGAAAAAAAGAAUAGAGACAGUAGGAGUGUUGAAUGGAAGGCGAACAAGCCAAGAGUGAGAUUUCAUCCAGAAAGUGAGGAGGAACAGGACUCGGAGUCGAGGCCACCCUCUUCUUCAACCAAGAAUAACAACACAAUACAACAAGAAGAAACACCACUGUCAAAUAAUGAACAUACAGAAACCAAUCAAAAGAUUACCAUGGCCAUGCAAUCCGUUAUGAAAAAACUAGGAAAAGAAUUAAUAAGGGAUAGAAUGAGGAGAAAAAUUGAUAAUGAUGAUCCCCUCGAUAUUGAAUCUGUAAAAUUAGCAAUUGAAUUUUUUAAACGUGAGGAGCUAGAUUUGGAAGAAAGAAAAUCAAAUUGGAUAACGGUUGAAAUUGUUUAUCAAAUUCAUGAUUUAGUCAUUAAAACCCGAAUACUUCAACAGAGUGGUCUUGUAAAUAUUGAGAAACUUAAAUCAGUGAUUGGAAAUCGAGUGAAAAUUGGGUCAACAAUUUUGAAUUUGCUUCUUGCCAAGUCAACCAGUGUCACAGAACCGUCUUCCGUGGAAUACAACAAAUUUUUAGUGUUAUGUUUGACUCUCACUGGUGAUUCUGUGUUUAGCGUGUUGGAAAAUGCCCUCUCGUUAUUUUGUGCGUCUGGAACGGUGACAGUACAUCACCAAAGCGAAAACGAUAUUGUAGCCAUUGAUGAGUUCAUGUAUUGUGUCAAGUUUUUAUCUGAUGAAGAAGAAAGGUGUGAAAAUAGGGAGUUAUCGCAAGAGCUUAAAAUGAUGUAUGACGAACUUUCAGAUUUAUCCAAGAUGGAAUCAUUUGUUACGAGAGGAAUGGUUAUUUCUAGUAUAUCCUGGCAAUCAUUGCUAGAAAUGGAGACCAAGAAAGUUGGCAGCUGA